AUGACGCUUGAAUCAGACCAACUGUCACCUCAGAAGGAACAGGAAAUUGCGCUAAAAAUCCUGGAAAGAGCAGAGCUCGCUCAGAUGACGCGUCAGCUUAAAAUGGGGUUAAGUAAAGUGGCAACUCCUAAGAAGAGUUCACGCGACAACGGAAGGCCCAGGGCCCGAACAUCACCGGUGAAGAUGGAUUUACCACUUGUUACCCUUAACACAAGUCGGCUGUCACCUUUGAAACGUAGCAGGACUACAGGAGAGACGCCGACCGAGUCUGAAGGAGCGUCGCGGCGGGUCCCGGCUCCAAGGCAAACAGACUCUAUCAAGACGCCCUCAACACCCCCACGAAGCUCCCAAAGGACCCGGCGUCCUAGCGUGCGGCUGGACCGAGACAACGGGACGGAACUGGCUGUUCCUAGGACCCCCAAAGCGCCUCUGGACACCAACGACUUGGGAGCAGAUUUGCUGAUGUAUCUCGCUACCAGUCCCUACACGUCCGCCAAAAGCGGUACGCAGCACGGCCCGCAGACCCCUUCAAUCCCCACUAGUAGCAGCGGUGGCCAUGGGGCCAUCCCAACGACUCCCUCCCAGAACUCACAUCUCAAAGCUCAAUCUUCAUCCUCCGCGCAGCAUUUUGGAUUUAAAGUGCCGAGCCACGCGGUCUCCAACUCUGGUUUCCACGAAACACCCUCACAGUCCAGCUCGCAGUUUUCCGAGAUCAUGGACUCUCCUCAAGCCUCUCUCUACAUGUCUUCUUCCUCUCCUCGAAAGACUAAAAACCCCCCUGCCUCCUCCUCCGGGCCCAAUAACCCUACCACAUUCAACCCACCAACCUUGGCCGUUCCAGGCACUCCAUCCCGCGAGCUACGGUCCUCGCACCUCCUGACUACGCCAAACUUCAACAUGGGCGACUACGUUCACAAUCUCUUCAGUCCGUCGCCUCGUGUGGGCAGUGGAACCGGUCGUGAAAACAAGAGAGACUAA